AUUUGCCUGAUGGGACAAUGUCCGUCAGACAGGAGUGCACUACUUUUCCCGCAGACGGACCGAGAUCGCAGCACGUCAGUCCAGAAAAAGAUUUCGAAAUCCUAGAUAAGAUACUGGUACGUUGUGUCGAUGGCCAAGAGGACAAUGAUGGCCUGGGACCAGGUGGAUCAUUAGGAACGGGAACACCAUUAACCAGCAGUGUGUGUUGACGUAUAUGUGUUCGCCACCUUGCGGCGAUACUGGCUCAGAUCUUUGGAUCAACUGACUUCCUCAUCUAACGAUUUAAGUAACAUUAUCAAAAGAUCCACGCAGCUCUGGAACUUACCACUUUUUAAUGCCGAUCUGUCGGCCAUUUUGUUUCUGUGGCGUCACCUCUGAGCAGGCUUAGGAACUAUAAAAGAAGUAAUCCAUGCCCGUCCUCUCAGUAUCAUGGGGAGUGCAGGAAACGAUGUUGAACAUUACAAACGACUCGGCCUCCGCGCAUGACCUAUCGCUGAAUGGCCUUGGGGGUCAAACACCAGACUACUCCCUAUUCGCUACGCCCCUACUGUACAUAACCAUAACAGUGACAUUUUUCUACGUUUUCGUGUUGACUUUUGGUAUCUUCGGGAAUAUCAUGGUGAUAUUUGUGGUCUUCAAGAACAAGGAUAUGAGAAAUUCUACGAAUCUGUUCCUGGUGAAUCUGACGGUGGCUGACCUGCUGGUACUAGUGGUCUGCACCCCUAUCGCCCUGGCGGAAUUCUAUAACAAGGACGUAUGGUACCUCGGAGCGGGAAUGUGUAAAUUUGUGCCUUUCCUCGAGAACACCGUAGCGCACGCUUCAGCCCUUACCAUCCUCGCCAUUAGUAUGGAGCGCUAUUUCGCCAUCUGUCACCCGCUCCAUGCCCCGGUGCUGUGGACCGGCCGAUGCCUGAUGAAACUAUUGGUUCUAGUGUGGUCGUUUUCCUCGCUGGUCAGCAUCCCAUUUCUCUUCAUAGCCGAAGUCAAAGAGGCUGAGGCGUACGAUAGGACGCUGGUCAAAGUUUGCAGCACUGCCAUAGUACAUCGGUGGCAUCAGGUCUAUGUUAUUAGUAUCUCCGUUAUAUUUCUGAUCAUCCCCUUCUUCCUAAUGAUGGUCCUCUACGGCAUUGUGGGUAAGAAACUCCUGUACGACCGAUGCGCUCUGGGAAACCAAAUCGACGAGAAGGCCAUGUCUACUUUGAGAUGUCGACGCCAGGUGGUGCUGAUGUUGGUCAGCGUGACUGUGGUGUUUUUUUUAUGUUCGUUGCCAUUCCGCGUGGUCAGCUUAUGGUUUGUUUAUGCACAGCUAUCAGACUUGGCAGACUUAGGCCUAAUCGGUUACUACUUACUUAUUUCAUUUGCCAGGAUCAUGCUAUACAUAAACAGCGCUAUCAAUCCCAUUUUAUACAAUGCUAUAUCGUCGAAGUUUCGCAGGGCCUUCAAACAAUUGUUGCUGAUGUAUUUUAGUUGUGAGUGCUGCGAUCCUGAUGAAAUAGAGGACCGACAGACGCCUUGUUUGGGGAUUGGACCUCAGGGCUUUCAGACCAGGCGGAGUUCAUCUCUUAGGAGAUUAGGGCCAUUCCGGGACGAGGCUGCCAUUUGACGAAUGUGGUACUUGUUUCAUCGGAAUAAGGGUAGGUUUCCACUGAACGCGAUUUGGCGUUUACGCAGAACCAAAUCCUGGGGUAUUUGGAUAAAAAAUACUAACAAUGCUUUAACGCGUUCGUUGUUGCAAUCGCAUGCGCUGGAAAUCUACCUUUUAAGAUCGGUUUAAUUUGUACAAUGAAUGCGAUUACGACAAUGCGUGCGGUAGGGCUUUGUUACGCCACGCCGCGUACAAAACAAUGCAAAAAUCACACGUGUUGUGAAAGUCAAUCGCUUUCAUUGUUAACCUAAUCCAUUGCCGAAUUCAUACUCGAUGCGUGACGAUCGAUGUGUGCGUUCUGUAUUGUUUGUUACUGCGCCACUGCUAUACAAUACAAAACGCCAACGCGGAUGGUCGUGCAGCGGACCAUGAAUUCGGCUCGUGAAAUACAUAUUGUACGUGUUCUCUUGAUUGUGCGUAUAAUUGCUUUUCUUCAACUUGCAACGUUUUAUGCAGAGAGCAGAAUUAACCAAAGAAAGCAAUGUACAAAUUGAUUAUUACAGCCAAUCAAAGCAACGAGUCGAUCGAUAUGACUUCCGUCUCCAAGUUCAAUCGCAAUUCCCCUUGGAGUAAACAAGCACUUUGCCAGCGAAGUUCUCGGCAGUGAAAGAUUGCGUGUGGCCCAGUCUCCUCAUUUGAACAUCAAUCACUAUCGCGUCAUAUCAGCCAUAACCAUCCAUGCCUUACGGUUCAUCCAUUCAACUCGAGGUCCAUCCAUCAUCCUCGUGACGUCUUCUUCUCCGUGAUCAUGUCUUCUCCUUUCAUAUUCUCAACCGUCGCUCGGAGAAAUCUAUCUGACCUAUUAUUGAACGUCCCAAAGGAAGACUAUACCACGAGCCACGUGGGCCAGAUUAGUAUUUCUGAAUCUUCAUCAUCAAUCAUCAUCAUCACCAUCAUCAUCAUCAUCAUCAUCAUCAUCAUUAUUAUCAUCAUCAUCAUCAUCAUCAUCAUCGUCGUCAUCGUCAUCGCCAUCGUCAUCGCCACCGUCACCACCACCACCACCAUCAUCAUCAUCAUCACUAUCAUCAUCGUCGUCAUCGUCAUCAUCAUCAACAUCACUAUCGUCGUCGUCAUCACCGUCGUCAUCAUCGGCAUCUCCUCAUCAUCGCUAUCAUCAACAUCAACAUCACCAUCACCGCUGUGAUCGUCAUCAUUAUCACUUACCAUUGCCUCACUCAUUAGUUCCUCCCAUGAUUGCCAACAAUCUCAUCACAGUUGUCAUAAAUUGCAUCAACCCUGCCGGCUGAGACAGGUUCACGUGGGACUGGGGUAAGAUGACCCAAUGCUGUUACGCGAGAUCAUUUCGGUGUCCUCUGCCGCGCUAGCGAGCUAUCAACAUUGCAUUUUUACGCAGUUUUUAGUUUGUCCCGCCUCAGAAAACCUUUUUUGGUUUUGCUGAGUACUGGUUGAUGAUAGAGAUUACAAUUUCUUGGGGAAUUCUAUGUCCGUGGUGUCGAGCUUUUUUCUUAUGCUUCAGAAAAAAAUCAACCCUAAAAGGUAAUAAGCGUUUCGAUAAAGCAGCAGCAUCAAUCUUUCGACAGCCAGUAUUGUUUUUAUAAACAACAUUCCGCGGUUAUUUCUGCGUCGGUAAACUUCUUUGCAGAAGUUUCCGUCAUGAUGAACAGAUUGCCCCGGAAGAGGCGGAUGUCAUCGCAAAUAUGGCAACAAAUGCCUAAUGGGAUUUGUGUAGCGGCGGAUAAGGCAAUAAGUCAAGUGAGCCAGUGCGAAGAAGCAAGAAAUUCUUUUGACAAACAGUAGUACCAUUCUUUGGGGUUUUUUUUCGAUUCCUUUACUGUUUCUUUCGAAACUAUCGACACCAACAGGAGUCUUGGAUAUAGCAAUGCAUUUAGUCAUUGAGCGACUUUGCUAGACGUGUGGAAAGAUUCAGUGUCACCACCCCUACCCAAGGAAAAGGUUGUCGAACAACACUUGCCUUACCCACGGGAAAAUGGCCAACUUCCCAGUGUAACGCACGGAUUUACCUCUAAAAACUCUACGUUUGAUCCUUUGAGCCAACCUCUUAGCAGGGGUUUUCAUUCUUUAAAUCACACGAUGUCUUAAAGGUCGAAAACACGCAUCAAAUACUGAACUGUAUCUGUACUACACGGAUUUUGAUCACAAAAAGAAUAGCACAACAAAAUUAUUCAAUUCUCAGUUUUCAUUAUCCCUACUAUCAAUGUCAGCACAUCUUUUUUCUUUGGCAAUCACUUGCCCUCUAAUUUCAAUUCCAGCUUUAGAUGUCUCAAAGCAGAAAGGCCGCCUUGAAUAAAAACUCCUGCCUUCAAAGUGUUAAUGUAGUCUUUAAUUAGAUAUCGGUGACAGCUAUGCAUUGUAAUCAGCUGAACAUGCUUUGCCUAUACGGCAGGUACCGUGGCUGAAACAACGUUCGUUCGUUAAUGCAGCCUGGUCUUUUAUUUGCGCCUUGGUGCAAGGUAUCAUUAUCUAUCGACCUUACAAAGAACUCAAUCAUGUAGUUAUACGCGCAAUCCUUCUCCAUUUGCCAUUACGUUUCUUUGCCCUGGCCAGUUAACAUCUAUCGACCCCCAUGAACGCAGUUUCUGAGGUCGAUGUAAUCAAGAUUUUUGAUGACAAUAGAACAAAGGAAAUUUAUAUAGGUGCGAACGGGCUUUGUUUGAAGACAAUAGACUGUGUAUUGUGCAAGGUCUGAUUUGUUUUCAACUGGGAGGUAAGGAGCAAAGUAACGUAAUGGGUGUCGAUGACUGUAAUAUUUUGUAACAAAAGAUUGUAUUCAACUAACAUAAGA